UCCGCCGAGCAAGCGAGAGGUCAGCCGGGAGGCGAGCCGCGCGUCCUGUCCCCAGGCCGACGCCAGCACGCCGGCAUGGCCCCCACAGCGGCAUCGAGUGGCAGCACCCUGCCCAGCGGCUUCGCUGUCUUCACCACCUUCCCCGACUUGCUGUUCAUCUUUGAGUUUGUCUUUGGGGGCCUGGUGUGGAUCCUCAUCGCCUCAUCCCUGGUGCCCUUCCCCCUUGCCCAGGGCUGGGUGAUGUUCGUGUCUGUGUUCUGUUUCAUCAGCACCACUGCCCUGCUCUUCCUCUACAUAAUUGGCGCCCAUGGUGGGGAGACUUCCUGGAUCGCCCUGGAUGCAGCCUACCACUGUACUGCUGCCCUGUUUUACCUCAGCGCCUCUGUCCUGGAAGCUUUGACCACCAUUUUCAUGAGAAAUGGCAUCACAUACAAACAUUACCAUGAAAACAUCUCUGCUGUGGUGUUUUCCUAUGUAGCCACUUUGCUGUACGUGGUCCAUGCUGUAUUUUCUUUGAUCAGAUGGAAGUCUUCAUAAAGCAAUAGAGCAACUUUAGCUGAAAACCCAGACGAUGGUAACUGAUCAGCCUACCUUCCAGCAUAACUUUUUAGAAUGCAGAAAUGCUCUCAAUGGUGGGAAAAAGAAACCAAAAACAAAAAAGCAACGCUCUGUUUCUCGUGGGUGUUAUGUUGACUCUCCCGUGUCCCCUCCUGUCGGGGUUGGGGGCUUGCUGCAUUUAACCUCCAACUACUGAGCUGUCUUUCAGGGUCAUUUCCUAUUUGUGAUGGGGUGGUGGGGUGAGAAGUGGGGACUGUGACCUGAGAGACCACGAAACAAAGAUCCCCUGCUGAUCCCUGGACCGGAUCUUGAGAACUCUCUACUGGAAUUUUCCACAGGCUCUUUUGAGUAGCCAUCUCAUGUUUUAAGUCUUCAUGGAUAUUCUACAUGUUAUAAGGAUAAAACUCACCCAACAAAUAUUUGCAGAUGUCUGUGGUAGAAGAUGACAAACCUUUGAACUACUUUAUAAAGUGC